UCCACAACAAACACAGCGGCUCCUGGAUCGAUGAGGGCUUCAAGACAGCGCGAUAUAAGAGGAAAUGUGAGAGGUAGCGGUUAGUUUUGGACUUAAAUAAAACAAAUGAAGCCGGAUAUUCACUACUAAGCAGGGGUGGAAGCUGUGUGCCGGUAGCUAAGGAGCUGAUGUAGUAAGUUAGUGCCGAGCUCGUCAACCAAACUUCACCGCUGUUGCUAACAGUAACGGGUGAACUUGGUGAAAUCAGAAAGCAUUUCAAUAAAGAUAAACAAAUCUGUGCUUGUGAUGUAGUCGUCCGUACUCUCCACUUGUCUAACUAUCUACUGAGGAGGGGCUUUGGGACUAUUCUUUAAUGGCAGCGAUGGACGAAGACACCCCGACCUUGAAGCCCAGACGCAUCCAGAAUCAGAACGUUGUCCAUCGCCUUGAGAGACGCAGGAUCUCCUCUGGUCGUCCUGGAGCUCACUGGUACCGAGUGCGCUGUUUCCACCAGAACCUGUUCCCUAACUUCACCGUGGUCAAUGUGGAGAAGCCUCCCUGUUUCCUCAGGAAGUUCUCACCAGAUGGACGCUGCUUCAUCGCUUUCUCCUCUGACCAAACCUCCUUGGAGAUUUAUGAAUACCAAGGCUGCCAGGCGGCUCAGGACCUGCUGAGAGGUCAAGAGGGAGAGACUCUUCUAACGGCCAACGACCAACGCUCCCUCAACAUUAGAGGCCGUCUGUUUGAGCGCUUCUUCUCUUUGCUUCAUGUUACUAACGUGGCCUCAAACGGAGAACACCUCAACCGGGAGUGCAGUCUCUUCACAGACGACUGCCGCUAUGUCAUUGUCGGGUCAGCCGUUUAUGUCCCAGAGGAGCCACCACCGUACUUCUUUGAGGUCUAUCGCAAUAACGAAUCUGUGACUCCCAACCCCCGGUCUCCUCUUGAAGAUUACUCUCUCCACAUUAUUGACCUCCACACUGGCAGGCUGUGUGACACCAGGUCCUUUAAGUGUGACAAAAUUAUCCUAUCGCACAAUCAGGGACUCUACCUCUACAGGAACAUCCUGGCUGUGCUUUCAGUCCAGCAGCAGACCAUCCACGUGUUUCAGGUGACUCCAGAUGGAACGUUUCUAGACGUAAGGACUAUUGGUCGGUUCUGUUACGAGGACGACCUCCUGACUCUUUCAGCUGUUUAUACAGAGGCUCAGGCUGAGAGCAUGCCCGGCUUCCCUCGCCUGUACACCGACAAAACUAUCAACUCCCUCAAGCACCGGCUGCUGGUCUACCUCUGGAGAAGGGCCGAGCAAGACGGCAGCGCCACCGCUAAGAGGAGGUUUUUCCAGUUUUUCGAUCAGCUGAGACGGUUGAGGAUGUGGAAGAUGCAGCUGCUGGACGAGCAUCACCUCUUCAUUAAAUACACCAGCGAGGACGUAGUCACACUCAGAGUCACCGACCCCUCACAGCCGUCCUUCUUCGUUGUGUACAACAUGGUGUCCACGGAGGUGCUGGCUGUCUUUGAGAACACCUCCGACCAGCUGCUGGAGCUGUUUGAGAAUUUCUGUGACCUGUUCCGAAAUGCAACGCUGCACAGCCAGGCCGUCCAGUUCCCCUGCUCGGCCUCGUCCAAUAACUACGCACGGCAGGUGCAGAGAAGAUUUAAGGACACCAUAGUGAACGCCAAGUACGGCGGUCACACGGAGGCGGUGCGUCGGCUGCUGGGUCAGCUGCCCAUCAGCGCCCAGUCGUACAGCAGCAGCCCUUACCUCGACCUCUCCCUCUUCAGCUACGAUGACAAGUGGGUGUCGGUGAUGGAGAGGCCCAAGACCUGCGGAGACCACCCCAUCAGGUUUUACGCCCGUGACUCCGGCCUGCUGAAGUUUAAGAUCCAGGCGGGUCUGCUGGGACGGCCGGUCAACCACGCCGUGCGCCGCCUGGUCGCCUUCACCUUCCACCCCUUCGAGCCUUUCGCCAUCUCCGUCCAGCGCACCAACGCCGAGUACGUGGUCAACUUCCACAUGAGACAUGUCUGCGCGUGAGGAGCUCGUGUGACUUAAGUGGACUCUACAGGCCAGGCCGGCUGGGAUUCUGUCAGCGGCGACCGGUGACAAUGCAACAAACAAGUUGUCCUCCGUCAGGAGGCUCAAAACACUUUGUUCUGUUAGUCCCCGUCUCCUACUCCAGAGAAAUCAGCAGUCCUCUCCCUGCAUUCUUCCUCUGAUGGAGACCACUGUUUCCUUUCCUCUUUUCCCCCGCCAUCACGCAGUGGUCACUCCACCUCUGCCCCUCCUUCCCAUCAGCAAGAAGGCAGCAAUUCUGCCUUUUCCCUUUGCCUCCUCUUUUCCCCCUUCCUCCGCAGAACAAAGAGAGACCUGUAGGGAGGAGAGGCUGGAAUAAGUGUAAAUGGAGAUGUGGAGAGAGUGAUUGAUGUGCGACGGAGGUGGGAGCUGUAGGUAGCCGGACCUCUUAGAAGGAACCAAAGGUGUUUUCUUUUUUCCUGCCGUGCACAUUCAUGCCAGAAUUGCUCGUCCGAUUGGUCUGCGACCGGUUGUUCAGCAAACUUUCUUUUUUCCUCACACAAUGGGGAAAUUAAUCAUUUAUUUUAUAUUAUUUUUACAUUUUUUUAAACAUAUUACUGUAUAUAUAUUUUAUGACAAUAAAAAUCAUCUAAAUUUU